UGCUCAUAAUAAAAUGUUUGAUGCUUAAAUGAAUGCUCAGAACUGAACACAGGUCUUUUGUCUUCCAGGUGGGGCAGUGUGUGGUGGUCUUCAGCCAGGCUCCUAGUGGAAGAGCCCCACUCAGCCCCAGUUUGAACUCCCGCCCAUCGCCUAUCAGUGCCACUCCUCCAGCUUUGGUUCCUGAAACCCGAGAGUACCGCUCUCAGUCUCCAGUAAGGAGUAUGGAUGAAGCCCCUUGUGUUAACGGCCGCUGGGGCACACUGAGGCCCAGAGCUCAAAGGCAGACCCCCUCAAGUUCCCGGGAAGGGAGCCUUUCCCCAGCCAGAGGAGAUGGCUCUCCCAUCCUCAAUGGUGGGAAUUUGUCUCCAGGAACAGCAGCUGUAGGUGGCUCUUCCUUGGACAGCCCUGUGCAGGCCGUAUCUCCUAGCACUCCGUCUACCACUGAAGGAUAUGACCUCAAAAUGGGACUUUCUUUGGCCCCCCGACGAGGGUCACUACCGGAUCAGAAAGAUCUGAGGUUAGGAUCAAUAGAUCUGAAUUGGGAUCUGAAACCCGCUUCGAGUAGCAAUCAUAUGGAUGGUGUGGACAACAGGACAGUUGGGGGAAGCAUGCGACACCCUCCUGAACAGACGAAUGGUGUGCAUACCCCACCACACGUGGCCAGUGCCCUUGCAGGAGCUGUCUCCCCAGGUGCCCUGCGUCGGAGCCUAGAAGCCAUCAAAGCAAUGUCGUCCAAAGGCCCCUCAGCCUCCGCAGCACUAAGUCCUCCUCUGGGGUCUUCUCCAGGCUCUCCCGGGAGCCAGAACCUGAGCAGUGGAGAAACAGUGCCCGUUCCCCGCCCAGGGCCUGCCCAAGGAGAUGGACAUUCCUUACCUCCCAUUGCCCGCCGCCUGGGCCACCACCCUCCGCAGUCCCUAAAUGUUGGCAAACCUUUGUACCAGAGUAUGAACUGCAAGCCCAUGCAGAUGUAUGUGCUAGACAUUAAGGACACCAAGGAGAAGGGGCGGGUCAAAUGGAAAGUAUUUAAUAGCAGUUCUGUGGUCGGACCUCCUGAAACCAGCCUGCAUACAGUGGUCCAAGGCAGGGGUGAACUCAUCAUAUUUGGAGGACUCAUGGACAAGAAACAGAAUGUGAAGUACUAUCCAAAAACAAACGCCUUGUACUUUGUGCGAGCAAAGAGAUAAUGUGUUCUAAACCCCCUUCCCUUUCUGUGGCUUUUAAUUUUCCAGCGUGCAAGCAUUUGGACUGAGAAUUGGGAAAACAAAGGACAGAAUUACUCCCAUAAACCAAAACCCCAAUUCCCAACCUCACUCACUCCAGGCUGGGGUCAAAUCUUCAUUAAGAAAAAAAUUAUAUAUAAAUAUAUAAAUAUAUAUUAUAUAGCCAACUCUGUUUACAAAGAGGGAGAGGUCUCCGUCCUGGUUCAGAUAAAUCUGUUGCUGUGUUUUAGCAGAGGCUGUGCUGCCUUUUUCUACUUUGCUGGUAACUAGACCAAGAAUUUAGGGAACAGACUAAUGUCAGAACUUACCUAAAGCAACUGAAGAGUCCCCGUAAAUCUCUAUGUGGCCUUGGAGUUAGAGAAAGAACGAGCGUGUAUAAGGGGCAUAAGGGGAGGCUCACGACCCACGAGCUCCAGGAGCUGACAGGGUGAGAGGAGCCUGUGGAGAACGCUUUCUCCCUUCCUUGUGAAACCACACAGGGCCUGUGCAAACUUCCCUUUCGGUCAUGCCCUCUGCCCAGCCCUGUUCUGCCCUUGUGACUGAGGAAAGUGACCCAGCUGGGAAUUUUGUUCCACGUGUGUGUGCCAGGAUCCCCACGGGCAGUGUUCAUGCAGAGACGCCUGUCCACCUAGUGUCCACUGGUCUUUAGCAUGCUCCCUCUGUGUCUCAGAAAACAUACUGGUGUCUGAUUUUGGAAUUUUCUGUCAAUCCUAUUUGAUUGCAAGUUGCCAAAAACCACAUUUAUUCCCUUAAGACUUGAUCCUCAGAAGCUGCCUUUUCCUUUUUUUUUUUUUUUUCCUUUGGCAUAUGUGGAUUUUUUUUUUUAAUUUAUUUUUUUUAAAGCUCUAAAAGCUUUCUCACUUUUCUGUUUCUUUUAUAAAGCCUAGGUGCCCAGGGAAAUCUUCUAGAGAUAUUUCUGGAACCCUUUCUCUGGUAUCAGUUGGGGGCCUGGUAGGGAAUUCCAAGAUGCCAGUAUCAUGAGAAAUCCUUGAAGCAUCAAAAAAUACUGUUUUUUGCCCUUUGGGCUUCUCUUCCAAAGCACGUUGGGCACACCCACCCAUAUUUAUAUAAUGUGGAGAUUGAUCCUGGAAGGGAACCCCAGUAAUAGUUCCUUCUAGAAGUGAUUUCUGCCCUUGUUGUGACAUGCAUUUUUCUCCCUGGCUAUUGAUCAGUGAUUGGGUUGAGUGUUGGGUGCUUAUUAGCCUCUUUGAUGCAAGGCUGACCUCUGGAGCAGCCCCUCCUUUGUGACUGUCUUGUUCACAUGUGACCCAAAUAAGAGUUGGGUUUUUAUGUCACACCAUUUCUGAGAUAAGGUGCAACGAACUAGAGCAUUUCUUUAGUUGCUACAGUCAGUUACAAAUUAUCAGUCUCUACACCGUGGCCUGGGCCUAGGAGAUGUUAGAGUAAGUCAGAUGGCACCACUUUAAUUUUUGGUGAUUUCUCAUCACUGGAGAGAAGAUUUUUACUUUGACAUUAGGAUUUGAAUUUCAAAACAUUGCAUUUCCGGUCUUUCACACUCCCCUUUUUCUUGUUAGAGUUUCCCAAGCACAAGCCUGCUACAGCUGGCCCUGGGUCCUGGCUUUCAGCCAGCACUUAGCAGUCUGUCUGAUAAGUGUGUUUUCUCCUAUUACAUCAUGUUGAAUUCUUUCCCCUAGCCAUUAGCUUUUACAAUGUGGUCUUGGUGGGAAAGCCCCUCUGGUGCCAAGCCCAGGAAAGGGCCAGCUCAGAGGGAGAGGUCUGUGUUCCAGAAACUGUUCCCUUAGAUGAUGAAACUACCAUGUGCCUAUUCACUGUGGUGUCCACCUACUCCGAGCUCAGGAUUUAGCUUGCUAGACACCUUGCUCCUGGGCUGUUGCUGGUCCUUCCUCGGUAAAGACUGUUAGAUCAUGUGGGGUCCAUAUUCACAAGAGAGGGCUUAGCCUGUAAGCUUAGGUAUUAAAUUAUUGCUAUUACUGAACCUUGUUUAUGACAUCGUAUCUGUGCAUGGACAGCGUCCCCAAACUCAGUUCCUAUUUAAAUAUAAAGUAUUUGGAAGCCUGAGAGUUCAGAAUCUCAACUUUGUGACCAUUCCCUUUGUCCUCUGGCCUCCCUAAGCCAGCUGGUAGCUUGUGGAUUCCCUCUCUUUUCCCCAGACAGGCAGGCAGCGGAGGUGAUGAUUCCCUUGGAAAGUAACUGGCUCCUCGGAACUCCACGGCAUCCAGUGGUACCAGACUGCUCGGACCAGCCUGUGCAUUUACAGCUCCUUAGGAAAAAUCUGCCUCAUGUGGAGCUGGUGGUGUUGGUCUUGGGGCUCCUGGGCGUUGUGGGCAGAGACCUUAGGAAAGCGACUACACACAGGCAAGGUGGAUGUGUCCUUAGGCCCUUGUGAAGCCACACGUGCAAGGGAACUUAAAGUGUCCCACCUACAGAGAGCAUCCCCCCAGCACCCUGGGUGUUUCAGUCGGGCCACAUUUAACCACAACUCUGGACAGGAUGCCAGUUUUGUUUGGACAGGAUGCCAAUUUUGUCUUAAUUCACUGAGAAAAAUGAGACAAAAAACUUCUUUGGCCUUCAGGAGCACCUAAAUUAGCAAAUAUUUGUCAGUAUUGAAGUACUUAAAAUGCGUUUUGUUUCUACUUGAAGCUUUAACCCCUUCCAUUCCUGCAAGUGUGCCUUUGAGAGCCCCACGUCACAUGGACUUCGCUGGCCACCUCCUGGACCUGUGAGAGUCUCGGUGUCUUCCUUCCCUCGUGGAUAGAGCUUCUGUUUUCUCACCUCUCAGGCUGGGCAGCGGAGAGGGUUCCGUAUUUCUGUUCACAUUCCUGCUCUUAUGAACAUCAGUGGUGGGCUGCACAAACAUCCCUUCAGCCCCCUCCCACACACACACACAC